AUGUCCACUACGGCCGACCAGAGACAAUCACCUUCGUCCCCGUGGACUCAGGAGUCACAAAGCCUGCAGUUAAAUGGUCUUUCAAGUCCAGCGUCUCUCUUGUCACUGCGAGAUACCAAUUCGCCUCCCACCAAAAGUGGCGACGGCCUGCAAAAUGCCUUUUUUGAGCAACCGAGCCCUAGCUAUUUCACCAUCAAGGUUGAGGACUCGCGUGACAGAACGGUUGCGAGAGAAGCGACCAAUGCCAAGAACCAUCGACAUCCAUCAUGGAUUCAAAAUUUGCACUUGAGCCGCAAUGCGGACUUAAUUGACCCAGAAAUUGCGAGAGGAUCGGUAGAUCUGUCUUCGGCUCGCUCUGCGAAUGACGCGGGUUUGCAUAGAACGUCAUUGAGCGGGGAUUCGAAACAAAAGGAUUCAAUGGCCACUUAUGACAACACUUUCUCGGGGAGCCUGGCCCCGACUACUGUCAAUAUCAUGUCAUGUGAGCAAUGUGCAGAAUUAUUGGAGACUUGUGGAAACGAUGUUUUGUUACUAGAUGUGCGGCCUUAUGCACAUUAUGCCAGGGGACACAUCAAGGGAUCGCUAAACCUCUGUAUCCCUACAACGCUCCUCAAACGGGCUUCCUUUGACACGCGGAAGUUGGCCAACACCUUCACGAGCGACAUUGACCGGAGAUCGUUCUCGAGAUGGAAACAAUGCCGCUACAUCAUCGUUUAUGACGCUGCUACACUUGACAUGAAAGAUGCGGCGCCAAUGAUCAAUAUGUUGAACAAGUUUACGGCUGAGGGAUGGAAUGGCGAAGGUUCGAUCCUUCGGGGUGGGUUCAAGGUCUUCUAUAAUCAGUUUAAUGCGCUUGUUCAGCAGCCCGAAUCAUCGAACCCUGGAGUAUCUUCAAGGAAGCCUAAUUCGAUGCAGAUUAGCCUUCCUUCUUUUGCGCCUAUUGCUGGUGGCUGUGCUUUGCCGGAGUCUUCCUCUGCCGCCAUUCCCUUCUUUGGAAAUAUUCGCCAGCAUAUGGAUCUUAUGGGCGGUGUUGGUCAGAUUCCGCUCCAGCUUCCACAGAAUUUUACAGACUCCAAAAGACGAUUGCUUCCACGAUGGCUUUGUGACGCCUCCGACGUUGAAGAUGGAGGUCAGAAGGUUUCAGAGAAGUUCCUGGAGCUCGAGAAGAAAGAAUUAGACCGUAUGAAACAAGCUCUAUCAUAUGAAAUGACCGGAGUUUCUACGUCUGCGGAAGCUCCGUCGAAGAAGUAUCGAGUUGCAGGGAUCGAGAAGGGCAAUAAGAACAGAUAUAAUAAUAUCUAUCCCUUCGAUCAUUCCAGGGUUCGAUUGCAGGAUGUUCCAUCAGGAGGUUGUGAUUAUGUGAACGCGAAUUACAUGAAGGCUGAAUACAGCAAUAAGCGCUACAUAGCAACGCAAGCUCCCGUGCCCGAAACAUUUGAUGACUUUUGGCGUGUGAUCUGGGAGCAAGAUGUUCGACUCGUCGUUUCUCUCACGGCAGAAAUUGAAAGAGGCCAAGUUAAAUGUCACCGGUAUUGGGAGUCAGGGAAUUAUGGGCCUUUUCGAGUCAAUAGCUUUUCUGAGCGACGCAUUCCUAUGAAAGCGUCAGGGUCCCACCAGAACCAGCGUCAGUCGACCAUGUCAUUGUCGGAUCCUAGCGAAGAGCCCAGCGAUCCAUGCAUUAUCGUCAGACAUUUCGGCUUGUCACACUCGGCUUUCCCAUUUCAACCACUGCGAGAAGUUACCCAGCUGCAAUAUCCCUAUUGGCCGGAUUUUGGUACUACCUCGCAACCAUCACAUCUCCUUCAGCUAGUCGAUGAAUGCAACGCAGUCAUACGGGCAACAAGUAAUACGUGCUUUGACGAUCGCGAGGCAAUGCCAACCGAACAUCGACCUGUAUUGGUGCAUUGCAGUGCGGGAUGCGGCCGUACUGGUACCUUCUGUACAGUGGAUAGUGUUCUGGACAUGCUAAAACGGCAGCGCACUGCACGAAAGACCGAGUCUCAAGGAAUCAUCGCCGACUUUCGAACUCAGCGACCUAGCAUGAUACAAAAUUUGAGCCAGUUUGUCUUAUGCUAUGAAAGUGUAUUAGAGUGGAUGGUCGUUCAAAUGGACGAAGGAUGUGAAAAUCCUUGA